UUCACUGUUCAGCAGUUAAAGACCCUGGUUGCUACUUGAACAGCUGAAGCUUUGAGAUCCAGCGUGUUAUUUGAGGAUUGGUUCAUUUUUGGAGUGUGAAGCUACGAUGUCUUAUUCUGAGGAAGGCAGUCGCGGAGACGCUUCUCCGCGCGACGGAGGUGCGAACGACCUCCGGUCCCGUAUCGACACCAGCGACAGAGGCCGGCACGAUCAUGUCGCUUCGAGCCCGCACUCGGAGCGAUCCGAGCGGUCGACGUCCAAGUCUGGCCAUCAUCGACGAUCGUCGGUUGACAGCGAUCGUACGCGCGACCGGGAUAGAGACCGCGAGAGGGACCGCGACCGGUAUAGAGAUCGCGAGCGUGAUCGGUCGAGAGAGAGGCGGCGGAGAGAGCGGUCGAGAGAGAGGCGGGAUCGCGAUCGGUAUAGAGAGCGAUCGCGGUCUAGGUCGCCUGGCGGCGGACGGAGUGAGCGACGUCGACGCGAGGAAGAUCGGUACAGGGACCGACCCGAGAGAGAAAGUCAUCGAGAGUCCGGACGCGCUUCUCGUGAACCCGAGAGAGAUCGCCGGAACGAGAGACGUAGCUCGCCGAGACUUACCGAGGACGAACGUGAUCAGCGUACCAUCUUUGUUCAGCAAUUGGCGGCACGUUUGCGCACUAAAGAACUGAUUGCAUUCUUUGAGCAGGCCGGACCCGUCCGCGAUGCACAGAUUGUCAAAGACCGUGUCAGUGGGCGGUCGAAGGGAGUCGGAUACGUCGAGUUCAGAGAUAUUGAGUCUGUGCAAAAGGCUAUUAACAUGACUGGCCAGAAACUACUUGACAUCCCUGUGAUUGUCCAGCUUACAGAAGCUGAGAAGAACAGACUUGCUCGAGCCGAAUCAUCUGCAUCUGCCCAGCACGCUUUAGAACAGCAACGACAGCAGAUGGGAGCGCAGCAAGUCUACAAUCGUUUGUACGUAGGCAACAUUCACUUUGCGAUUACUGAGUCCGAUUUGAAACAGAUUUUUGAAUCGUACGGAGCAGUUGAUUUCGUCAUCUUGCAAAAAGAUGAGACGGGUGUUCGUUCUAAGGGAUUUGGUUUUGUCCAGUUUGCUGAGAAAGAGAGUGCACAGAAUGCGCUAGAACUAAACGGCUUUAAACUAGGUGGUCGACCGAUCAGAGUUGGUCCCGGGAACGAAAAAAUUGUGACCGAGCCUCCAGAGUUAUUGAUCAAGCGAUUAGGUGGUGGACCAGGCGUCGAGAUUCCAUCGUCCUUGGCCGCUGCAUCUGCUGGUGCUGGUGGUGGUGAUAUAGGCAGCGACAUGAGGUCGCAUUCGGGCCGUGGACGGGACGAUAAGAAGCCGACUGGGCAGCUUGCGUCUGCGCUGGAUGACUCUGAUGUUUCUGGAGUUACACUUAACUCUGUCUCUAGGGAAAGCCUGAUGAAGAAGCUCAUGCGUGAAGAAGAUGCUUUGCCGGUGGAGGAAGCGCCUGCCCCGAGGAAGCCGACUGUUGGUGUGCAAGCUUCAAGAUGUAUUGCUUUGAGCAACAUGUUUGAUCCUGAUGAGGAGGAUGGUCCAGAUUGGGUGAAAGAGCUUGAAGAGGACGUGAAAGCCGAGUGCGAAGAGAAAUAUGGUAAAGUCGUUCAUCUGGCCGUCGAGCCGGCGUCCAAGGGCGAGAUCUUUGUCAAGUUUGCGGACGUCAGUGGCGGUGAAAAAGCUAUCCUCGGUCUUAAUGGCAGAUACUUCGGAGGCCGGCAGAUCAGCGCGACACCGGUCGUUGACAUGGUGUAUUCUCUACGCUUCCCGCGAUCUCGCAAUUUGUGAAUUGAAAAUCAUGCCCAGCAUCUAAUAGACCAUGGGCGGUCGUAUAGUUUCUCUUGCUUCGAUCGGUCAUUAUAUGUGCACUAU